UUUUUUGACAGCUCUGUCAAACGCGCAGAAAAACGGAGCCAAAACUGUAAACACAAACAGUGCAUUUUUUGAGAAAAGUAGAAGUGCUUUGUUCGUUCCCGUAAAAAUGGGACUUGAUUUCGAAGUGCAGGACUACAUAAAAACACUCAACAAGAGCUGUCCCCCAUUCCGGUGCCCUAAAUGCGAUAAAAAAUACAAAUCCGUUAUCGGGCUGCAGUAUCAUCUGAACAACUACGACCAUGACAAUCCGUCCCCGGCAGGUGCCACCUCAACGCCAGUGGCCACAAAGCCAGAAGAGUCAGCUGCGGGACCGUCAACGGAAGCUGUAAAAACACCCAAUGCUGCUCCUGAAAAACCGGAAGUGAGUCUUAAUCCUACUGUGGCAGAAGAAAAUGCAAAAGGGGAAGAUGUUGAAAUGAAAGAGCCGACGGCAAAAGAUAGCGAGAAAACAAUUGCGAAAGCGCCCGGUAAAGGAGCAGUGGCGAAGGAAACGCCCAGCCGGCCACCAAAUAAUAGCAAGCAGAGGAGUCAGAAGAAAAAGAUGGGAGUGACACCGAAAAACAAGAAUCAGGCAGCGCUGGCUAGGGAGUCGCUGACCUACUUCGAGCCGGAAGGCUUGAUAAAGAUCGAGUUCGGCGGAAAAAGCAUCAACCUGUCCGUGGACGAAGAGUUUGAGCUGAUCAGCUUGGACGAGCAGAAGAAGAAAUGGGACGAUCCGGAUGUGGAGCUGUUUGUGGUUCCACCACCGACAGAACCGGAAGUAAAACUUCCAGAAGGAAAAUUCAAAGAAAUCGAGGAGUACACUAUUCACGACGCUCCAGCACGACCCAAUGCCUACAUUCGAUUCAUCGAGAAAAGUACCGAGGAACUCGACGGAGAGGUGGAGUACGACGUGGACGAGGAAGACACAACUUGGCUGGCAACGAUGAAUGAACGUCGAUCAAAUCAAAAUCUCUGUCCGGUGCCUGUGGAUUCGUUGGAAUUGCUGAUGGACCGAUUGGAGAAGGAAUCCUACUUCCAGGCGGCCGUAACCGGUCAGAAUGGUGCCCCAGUUGAUGAUGAUGCUGUGUGCUGCAUUUGCAUGGAUGGAGAGUGUCAGAAUACGAACGUCAUCCUGUUUUGUGACAUGUGUAACCUGGCCGUUCAUCAAGAUUGUUAUGGAGUUCCCUACAUUCCCGAAGGCCAAUGGCUUUGCAGGCGUUGUUUGCAAAGUCCCAGCCGAUCUGUUGAUUGUGUCCUUUGUCCGAAUACGGGCGGGGCUUUCAAGCAAACGGAUAGUAAUCAGUGGGCUCACGUAGUGUGUGCGCUGUGGAUCCCAGAGGUUCGAUUUGCAAACACCGUAUUUUUGGAGCCAAUCGAUUCGAUUGAAACCAUCCCUCCAGCGCGAUGGCGUCUCGUGUGCUACAUAUGCAAACAAAAAGGCGUUGGAGCCUGCAUCCAGUGUAAUAGGAAUUCUUGUUACGCUGCAUUCCACGUCACCUGCGCUCAACAAGCCGGGUUAUGCAUGAGAAUGGAUCAAGUCCGUGGAAACGACACACAUCCAGUUGUGGUUCAGAAAACGGCUUAUUGCGAUGCGCACACCCCGAUCAAUGCGUUAGGAUCUCCGGGAGAUUCUGCUGGAGAGACUGACCCACGUGAAGCUUGCCGUGAGAAAAUGAAGAAAGCACGUAAAAUGUUGGCCAUCAAACGGACCUCGGCGCCUGUGAUCCUAAUCCCAACCAUUCCACCGAACCGAGUGGAAGAAAUUUCUUCGCUAGUUAAUAUUGCCAAGAAGCAACAAUUCAUUCAGCGUUUGAUUGCGUAUUGGACCUUGAAGCGUCAGCAUCGAAAUGGAGUUCCGUUGCUGCGACGGCUUCAGAGCCAGGGACAAGCACAAGGUGCCCCAGGACGUGAUAAAAACGACGGCUCUCCAGACGCUCGAGAACUUUAUCAACAGCUUAAAUAUUGGCAAUGUCUACGACAAGAUUUGGAGCGAGCUCGUCUCCUAUGCGAGCUGGUGCGGAAGCGCGAAAAGCUCAAACUAAUCGAGAUUAAAACCAACGAACAAUGCGUUAUGGCUCAAUUGAAUCCGAUCGAGAGCGUUCUUCAUCGGAUUCUCGAUCAAUUGGAAGCAAAGGACGUGCAGGAAAUUUUCCGAGAACCUGUCGAUACCGAAGAAGUUGCAGAUUAUCUGAAAAUUAUAACGCACCCAAUGGAUUUGGGUACAAUGCGGCAGAAGCUAAAAUCCGGUUUUUACACGAGUAUCGAAGACUUGGAAUCUGAUUUCUUGCUGAUGUGCACCAAUUGCUUGACAUACAACAACAAAGACACAACAUUUUACCGAGCAGGAGUCAAAAUGAGAGACGCGGGAACAAUCAUCUUCCGCACGAUUCGCAAGGAGCUGGAACGAGCUGGCUUGCUGGAGAAACCUCAACCCCAACUAGCAGCAAUCCAAGGUACGGAAGACUCCCUUGCAGUCGAUAUCGAAGCCGAGUUGAACCUACUGGCCCAAGAACCGCCCAGUCAAGGCCUGAUCGAGAAACUCCAACAGCAACUGGCCAAGACCAGUGGCAUCAAACACGGAAUGACACGCGCCAAAAAGGUCAAACACAUCCGAGCGGAGAUUGCCAAGAUCAAGCGAACCCUCGCGAAGGAACCGGAAAAGCCUGCUCCUCCAUCUGAGAAGCCCACAUCGGAGCAGCAACCACUGAAAAAGGUGGCGACGGCGGAGACCAUCACAACGAAAUCUCCCAAAGUGCAACAGACUCCACCGGCGAGUCCACUGAAGAUCUUGAACAACAGUCCUUCGCCAUCGGGAGUCAAUCGGAGAACGGCAGUCCUAUUUACGCGAAAAGCUCAAGCUGCCCUUAAAAAGCCAGAAACGCCAUCGAAAGAGGAAGCGGCGAUCGCUGCCACUACGGAACUGCUUCAGAAAACGGCCAAAAAGGCUACCCGAGGCAAACGCGGUGCUUCGAACAAAGGCAAACAGAGUGGCUCUAUCGGCGGUUCAGAUGGUGGAUUCCUUAACCUGCCGGGACCUUCCGGAACCAGCGGGCGCAAAUCGUUGGAAUCGUCGGAAAAGAAAUCCUUUGAAGCCAUACCGGACAGUUUCCGUGUGUACCGAGGAGGCCAGGAUCGAGAGAUCUCCGACUCGGAUGAUAGCAAUCUCAGCUUCACGGGCAGCACCUGUAGCAGCUGUAGUGGGUUCAGCGGUAGUGGUACCGAAUCGGAAUUUGGAAGCUCAAGUAUGGAUGAUAAUGAGUCCUUCUGCGACUCGGAAAUGUCCACCAGCGAGACUGAAGCCUUUCCGGAGAAACCAUCGCUGGAACCGCUCAAACUGGUGUGGGCAAAAUGUCGGGGUUAUCCGUGGUAUCCUGCCCUGAUCAUCGAUCCGGACAUCCCGAGUGGAUUUGUACACAAUGGGGUCCCACUGCCAGCUCCUCCGGCCGAUGUGCUGGCUUUGAAAGCCAAUUACGAAGAGCAAGUGUUUUUGGUGCUUUUCUUCGAUGUCAAGCGAACCUGGCAAUGGCUGCCCGCCAACAAACUGGAACUGCUGGGUGUCAACAAGGAACUGGACCAGAGUAAGCUGGUGGAAUCGAGGAAACCCACCGAGAGGAAAGCGGUCAACAAGGCCUACCAAGAGGCGCUGCACUACCACAGCCAGGUGUCGAGUGCCGAUGGACCCGCUGGUAAGCUUUAGACAGGGUUCCCAUUUGCUGUUUAGUUUUGUUAAUGUUUUUGUGCUAUUGAAUCAAACAAAAUUGUUGGUCCCGAAAUGAUCGGUCAUUGGCAAAAUGUUGCGUUAUACAAAUUUACAACUGCUUAAGCGUUUUAGAUGUAGAACUAAAGGCACCUAGAUUUAAGCACAUUUAUGUACUAUUUAUCACGUAGAUUCUGAUUUAAUGUUUUAUCGGACCGAGCUGAUACCAAUAAAUGGAGUAUCGUGGAAAAAA